CGCCACCUUCUUCUGGCUGUGCAUACAUCGUACGCCAACCACCAACCUCCCACCAUAUGUAGAGAGACAGUCUGUGAGGAACCAACUCGAAUGCAGCCACAACUAUCCAACCUUUCGAUCCCCAUGCCAACACGACCAUGAGCUCAACUCCAAUUUCUCUUCCUACUCCCCGUGGAAGCAGAAAAAGGGCUUGCUACUGGUUUUUCUGCAUCGUGCUGAGCUUGUUGGCUCUCCUGUUCCCAUCGGAAAUUGCAAAGUCUGGCCAGCUGAAGAAUGGAGGCAUCGUUUUUUCCUUUAAUACCAGUACUUCCAUCCGUCUCAACUUGGAGCGGGCUGACACUCAGCCCAUCAAGCCGAAUGCUGAUACUCCACACAUCAAGCCUGAUACUGAUGUUGACACUGGAACUUCUGCCAGUGGUCUCUCUGCUUUGAAUGGCAACGCCAAUGAAGCUCUGAUCGAAAAUAAUAAUACUCUCUCGCUUGUCACAAGUUUCUGGGCCGACUCACCGGCGGCAAGGAAGGGUGUUCAUCGUCAAGAAAUGGAAGGAGCCAUGCUCAACAACAUCAACAAUCCUCACUUUGACCAAGUUCUUGUCAUCCUCGAUGGUGCCAACUGGGAAUCCAACUGUACCCAUUUCAAAGACCGCAUGAACCAGCUGCAGCAAGAAUUCAACGAGAAAAUGGGGAGCAACCUUGUCCAUGACACAUAUCAUCAUCAAAGUACGAAGAAAAGAAAAAUGCCAGUGCUAGAUUGUAUCAACAUCCAGUACCAGCCUCACUAUCAUGAGCUGUUCAACUAUGCCACUGGACAACAUGUCACUGGCGAAAUUGUCAUUGUGGCCAACGCUGACCAAGCUUUUGAUGACACUGUCGGUUGGGCCAAGUACAUCAAAUGGAACACUGUACUGGUACUUCCAACCUGGGGGUUCCACAAGGAUGCAACACCGUCACCCGUCAAAGAACAUUUUCGAUUUGUUCUUGGUAACGAAUCCAAAGCGUACCAGAAUGGAAUCAGCUACAAAUGCAAUGAUUAUGAGACCAAGUCCUGGGAUUCCUAUGUCUUCCCCAAGAAGCUGUUGCAGGGUCGGGUAAACAAGGAAUCCUUCAUGCGCAAAACUACAAACAAGAGGAAGCUGGGCCCUUUCCUUACGAAUGAACCAGACGCCGAAAGGGCGGCUCUGUGGGGUCUUAUGCAAAGCGCAGGUGAUGUCGGUGGAAUGGAUUUCAACGGAUGCUCUGUGAUUCGGUCAUGGCAUCUUCAUGAUUCGCCGAACUUUCACAUGCGGCGUUAUGGUUUGUGGCACCAGAACUCAGCGGCAAAGAGCCAGAACGUUCCUGGUCCCUACCGCCUACCGGAGAACCCAAUCCAAGACGCUUUCGCAAGUAAACCUGUCUUUCAGAACGUGCCAACUUCCUAUGGGUCAAAGCCUGUUAUCCUCCCUCCUGCCAAACCAGGAAGCCUCUCACUCGUCACCAGUUACUGGGCUCAGCCACCCGAAGAACAGAGUCACAACACAUUGCAUCGCCUAGAAAUCGAAGUGACAAUCCUGAACAAUCUCAACAAUCCCUACUUUGAGCAAGUUGUCGUGAUCCUCGAUGGGGCCACCACCAGUUGCAACUGUUUGCACUUCAAGGAAAGAAUGGCAGAGCAUGCUGCCAAAUACAAUCAGUUCAUGGGAAUUGAUGUGAAUUCUACAGACUACAAGAGUCAAAAGCGGGCAGUCCUUGAUUGCGUUGACGUUUGGGUUGGCCAACCUAACUAUUUCGACAUGUUCAUGUAUGCAACCAACCCUGGACUCAUCACCAGUGAAAUUGUUAUCUUGGCCAAUGCUGAUCAAGCAUUUGAUGAAUCAGUGCAAUGGGCAAAACACAUCAAGUUCACUACUGUACUGGCGCUGCCAACCUGGGGAUUGUACAUGGAUAGGGUGCCUUCCCCAACCAAGGAUCAUUUCAUCUUCAUCCAUGGGACAAACUCUACAGAGUACAAGACGGAGAUUCCAUCCAGAUGCAGAGAAUGGGAAAAAUCCUGGGAUGCCUAUGUCUUUCACAGAAAACUAGUGGCCGGUCGGCUGCAUCCUGAAAGCUUCAAGCGCCCAACAGUUCAUUGGGCGACUAGCAGGAGGCGUGAUUCUGCCUUCUUCAAAAUGAAUGAAAUUGGUGGUGAAAAUGCGGGACUUUGGGCCCUCAUGGAAGGGCUCCCAGAAGCGACGGAUGUCAAUGGUUGCACAGUUAUCCAAACAUGGCACUUCCAUGGCGCUCCAAAGAUGCAUGCCCAUGAGCGCAACGAAGAGUAUUGGUUUUGGCGUGGCAGUAAAGACCCAAAGAAGUAUGGCCAUAGGGUACCUAGGCCCUAUCGACUACCUGCUUUAGACAGUGCAACCGUUACAGCCAGUUUUUCAAUCGCAACUCCCCAGAAGGCAAUGCUGGAGUUGACCCCAGCAGAGAAAAUCAAAAUUUAUGAAAGGGAAAAAGCGCAAUGUGAAAAUGAAGUCAAGGCGGACAAAAGAGAGAAAUCCCAAGAGGAGUUGGACGAUGAGAUGCGUAAGUGUCUUGGAAUAGAGAAGAAGUGAUUGAAGAUGCGUAAGUGUCUUGGAAUAGAGAAGAAGUGAUUGAAGAGGCGUUACCAUGGGUUAGAUGGGACUAUGGAGAGGUGGGCGGCAGGCUUUGCAAAUUAGAAGGCUCCCAUAGGAAGCAACUUCAUUUUAGAACUUUGUCAGAUUCUUGCGAAUCAACAGGCAGCAAAAGAUCUGUUGGUCCCAACUUCUGGGUCAGCGUUACGGGU